AUGAUGAUAUCUAGAUCUGUUAAUUUUGGAUGGAUUGGGAGCAACUAAGGUAGUUAGGAAUAUUUCACCAGUCAGAUUGAAAAUAUUUAAUCAAACCACAUUUAUGACUUAAAUGGACUUUCAGAAAUUAUCAAAUUGAGAAGUAAGACUAAAUCAUCCUUCUUAUAUCAAUGGUGUCACCUAAUCAAUCAUAAACAUGAAUUUUUUCUGACUUCAAUCCAAUAUUAAUUAACAAACACAGUUGAGUUAACAAAUCACUUGACUAAUGAUAUCAUCUAAAUUUUAAACCUCUUGUUGAUGGAGAAGACUCAACAUCAAUUAAUGGACUAACUUUUCCUCGGACCGGAAAAGCAAAGAAUGAUAUAGUUGUUUAAGAUUUUAUUUGGAUAGACCUAUCAAAAAGAAAUGUCAUAUUUUGGAAAACACUGA